CAUGUGGGGUAGCAACGUCACCAUCACCUUGGCUACAGGAUCCCGUCUUGGUGAAGGCCGGGUAGAGUUCGGGGGGAGAGAGGCAGGCAAAACCGUGUCAGGCAUCCCACAUCCUGAGUAGGCCUACUGUAUGCACUCACAGAUCAAGUUCCACAUGCAAGUGCUAGGUUUCUCCAUUCAGCUGUUACUCAUUCCAUCCAGUUGCCAAGAAUGUGAACUUCAUAAGAAGAAACAGGAAUUUUCGUAUGCACAGGUUCCAUCACUGUCCAGGGAUCAGAGUCAAAUGCUCCAAGAUCGGUGCAGUGAGCAGUCAUGGACACUUCUGGCAGCAAGUUACAGCAGAAGGCUCUGCAGCAACCUAAGCAGAAGAAAUCCAAGUCGGCUGAAUUUCUGAUGGGCGGAAUGGAGGAGAGUGCUGUGGUGGAAGGCAUUGAAAACCCUGUCUUCGAUGGCAGCUACAGCACAGAGCUUUCAGCUUCUCAGGCUUCAGCAGGGAGAGAAAUUCAACGUGACAGGCAAGAUAGCACCCUUGCAGCUCACCAACAAAAAAUGGAGCUGCGAGCCCCUGCCAAACCAAGAGUUUCCACAGGAAAUGAGCGUGCCCGAAAUUACUUUGACCCAGCGCUGGUGCAGGAAACCAACCCAAGGCGGUGCGGGAUGGCGGAGGUCGGCACAGAAGAUGAGCUGGAAUUAAAAAUAAUGAACCAAGAUGAAAAGGGCCUAUAUCAGAAAAUGGCUGAAAUGCUGGACGCUGACGACGACAUAACCAUCAUAGAGUUACCAGGUAUGGCGCUAGCCCACAGGGAGGAGGAAGAGGUGUGGAAGGUGAGGGCCGGUGAUCCAACGCUGCGUGUCGAUGCCGGUGCUACAGGCCGUGGGCGCUUCAUGGCGGCAGUGGAAGAAGGGGAAGAAGAGGUGAUCCCCCGCUACGCUCAGCAGCUAAGGGAGCGCAUGCUGCCUGACAUGAUCACGCUUGGCAGCCUUUCACUGGAACAGGAUACACAUCUUCAAAGAGAAGGGAUGUCUCAGGAAAAUGAGUGGGUGAGGAAGAAAAGACUAAUGUCCUUCUUAAGGGGAAAUGCAAAGGAACCCCAGGCCCAGUCACACAGAGACUGUGACCAACAGGAGAGGAUACUGCAAGACAGGCUGUAUGCAGCGUUCCAACGCGCAGAGAGCCAGUUGCUGAAGGCGCUGAGGGAGCGCAAAGGUGAAGUGAUCGCCAAAUACGGCGAGAUGACAGAAGCCUCCGCAGCAGCAGAAUCACCGUGGGCCAGGGAGCCAGGCCUCGGCUGGCAGGUGGAGUGGUCGCAGAGUCCCCAGCCCAUGGAAGUGCGUGUGCGCUGCCUACGGGCAGUCAGGGACAAGCUGCCCAGGGGCCUUUACAGCCUCAGUGUGGCCCUCCACAGCCGUCUGGGAGGCCCCGCCCUCACCUGGUCCUGUCUGAAGGAGGAGCAGUGGGCUGGGACCACAGAGCCCGUGGAGCACGGGGGCCACUUCUACGACACAGAGCUGUACGUCAACCAGAGCCUGUUCACUAUCCUGCCUGCGUCGUGUGACAUGCUGCCCUCCAUGGUCCUGCUGUUCAGGCUGCUGGGCCUGACGGGGGAGCGGAGCCAGGUCGGCACCACACUGGGCUGGGCCGCCUUCCCUGUCUGCCACGCCACCCUCACAACUGUCCAGGGGCGCUUCAAGACCCCCAUCCUCAGGGGGCUCCCGCACCCCCACCUCGACCAGUUCCGCAAGAUAGAAGGCCUUAUGUCAGCCGACCUGGACAACUGGCUGUGUAACCUGUACUUCCAGGUGAGGAAGCUCCCCAGUGGCAGCUCCAGAGGGGAUGUGGAGCACAGUGUCAGCCUGCAGAUCCCUCCUCUCCUCGUCCCCCCUUCGCCCCCCCAGGCAGGCCCAAGCGGCACCAGCCCCAGCCGGGGGAGAGGCGGCAUCAAGCCGUGUCACCGGGGGUCCCCUCUCCACCUGUCUGCCUCACACUCCUCCUCUGCCUGCUCCUCCUCCACUCUGCCAGGGAAGAACUCCACAGUAGUGGUCCCUGAGAAAAUAGAGGAGAUGAGAGAUCCCUACACAGAGAAAGCAGAGACAUGGAUGCACUACAAGAAGAAGCCAAUCAACAAGAUAAAUAGCUCGAGCGCCCAUGUGAGAGGGAGCGCCGCACCUCCACCGCUUCUGCAGGGCCAGGCUGACAAACAGGAGACAGCAGCUCCGGCUGCAGCAUCAUCGGAGAAGAGGGAGAAUCUCUGGGCUAAGGAGAUGGAGGAGUAUACGUUCUCCCUACAAUUCCAGUUCCAUGCUCACACCGUGGAGCUGGUCUACCAGAAUUCCUUGCUUCAUACCCGCGAGGAGUUGGCUAUGGUCGUGGUGGGACCUCUGACCUUGAACGCCGUAACGUUGCUGCUGCUCCUGAUCAGAUGGGGCUGUCAGCUAGCGUUUGGCUCACUCCCCUCCUUCACGUCAAACUUUAUCAUGGCUUUGGGAGUGUGGACAGUGCUGGACCCGCUGGCGGUCUUUGUAGUGGAUGCCGUCCUGGGGCGUCUGUCCUACAGUGCAGAGUCUCCUGUUGCGGAUGCAGCCAAGCUCUACUGGCACUUCUACCGGACCGACCAAUCAGGGGCAGCUGGAGUGGUCAUCACCCUCUUCCUCUAUGCCAUCCUCUUCCUCCUCUCCAUCACCAUCCUCUACCUCUACUUCCUCAGACUCCACAACGAGGGGCGCAUGCUGGACAUCUUCCAGCGUCUCAGCGUGACCGAGGGAUCCUUCUUCGUGCCCCGGGACCUGGAGGUGUCCAACCGGGAACUAGACUACAUCAUCCAGAAGGCCGAGCAGUGGAGGGGCUUCAACGGAGAAAGACGCAAGCACUGUUCCAUUAACUAUGGUGGAUGCCUAACCAGGCCAGCUCAACUCAGUGGUGUGUCAGUGUAUGACUACAUAUGGACAGAGGAGGGCCCCUUGGCGGGCUGUGCUCCCCCCAGGGGUGACCCUCAUGGGGUCGUGCCCGCUGCAGGGGGCGAGAGCAGUACCCACGUGUCUGUCUACACCCUCUACCUGAGUGGGCAGCGCCACCGUUACAGGCACUUCCUACGCCAGCCGGACGGUGCCAUCCUAGAGGUGAUUGGUGACAUGGACGGGGCAGAGCCUCCACUCAGCACUUUGCCCCGCCCAGGUCAGAGGACACCAGAGGUGAACCAGGAAGACGAAGGGACAAGCUCCACCCUCCAACUCAGAGAGAGGAAAAGGAGGAAGCCUGUUUGGCGUACUCAUCGCGUCGAGCCAGUAGGAGACAGUGGGCAUGGCUCGAGCUGCACUACAAGGCCUUAGCCACUAAUGUCACUGUGAAGUGAAACAAAGCAGGAGAGGACACCCAGGUACUGUCAACUAGCACCUCCAACGACCGCAUCAACUGAAGGGACAGGGACUAUAGACAUACCCCUGGCAAUAGACAACUAGCACCUAAGGCUCAACCGACCACACCAAUUGACAGGACAGCGAUUAUACACAUACCACUAUAUAGACAAUAGACAACUAUCACCUCAACCGACCACACCAUAUGAAUGGACAGUGACUAUAGACAUACUGUACCUCAGUGAUGGACAAUGACUGAUGGAUCAAUUCAGAAUGUGUUUAUGAGCUCUCUAUAGCAUACUCACAUAACAGUUCAAAUUGUUCCUGAUGAUACACAUAGAGAUGGUUCAGGUAGAAUCAGGCUUCUACAAUAGCUUUUUCCACGGGUGGCACUGGUGCUAACAACCUUUUCACUUGGGGCACCAGCACAUGAUUUGAUCGUACUAAUAAAAAUAAAUAGAUAAUCGCUAAUGACCUCGCCUGUGUCCCAAAAUGUGCCUGCAUUCCUUACAGAACCAGGCUAAUCAUGACUAGCCACCUUUUAAAUUAGCAUGCCCUUGUGUUCAAAGAAAAGAGACUUAAAAUAAUGUGCAGAUUUCAAAGUGCCAUGUGUUCUUUUCUGCGAAAUUUGAAAAAACUAUGCUAGAACGAUACCACCAACAACAAAAAAAAUGGGGAGGACUGUGAUUUCACCCAGUUUUUCAGGUUUUGGUUCUUAAAAAUCACAAAAUUGGAUGUUCUAAGUCCACAACAAUGCUUAAACCACAUCAGGGGACCAUUUUUGAGGUCUGUGAAAAAAUUGUUCAGGUGUGCACCAGCCAGACCGGUGUGUUUGUUUCUGUAGUGCACUUUUGAUGGACUUUUCAAAACAAAUGGCCGCUGGAUUGAUUCUACCAGGUGGUAUAGGCUACUUUGUAGUUACCUUUUAAUUGCCUUUACAUCUACCUGAAAACGGGAGGCUAUCGAUAACAUCACUAACAGCUACACAGUGUUAGACAUAUAGGCCCUAUGCACACCGCGCCCAGCAGGGCUUGUCAUUCAGGUAAAUUUGCCAGGGGCACACCAGGCCAGUGCCACCUGAAAGCUACUGGCCCGAAUGGAAAAAAAUACUGGCCUGGGUCAAGACCUGACAAAAAAGGGAAUGAUGCAUACAUAAUUUCAAUAGAAGAUGAGCAAGUAGCAUAUACAGGGUUCGUACAGACAUUGGCAAUUCAAAUUCAAGGACUUUUUAAAGCACUUAAUUGUAAUUUUCAGGGACCUAAAUUUUACAUUUAAUUGUUGGAAAAAAACUCCCUCCAAAAUGUAUGCCAAAGAAAAGUAGGCAUUACCACAUUAAGAAUAAUGCAUUAUUUUUAAAUAUAGGCCUACCUAAUGGAAUUAUGCAUUGACAUUCACGUUAUUUUUACAUUUUAAAAUGUCAGAAUAAUGUGGACACAA